AUGACCGGGGACGCGGCCGGAGGAACAAAGGGCGCGGGGGCAGAUGGCGUCGCAGCCGGGCCCGACGCUGACAGCCCCGCCAUCAAGGCGGACUCGGGCGCCACCGGCGGUAGCGACGGGACAGCACCCGCAGCAGAAGAGGCGGACGACGCACCAGCGGUGUGCACCGCGAGCUCGUGCCCGAACGACGAGGACGCUGGAGGAGUCGAGAAGAAGGAGCCUACGCUCCGGGUCCCGAGCGGGGCCGGCAUAGCGGCGGCGUCCAGCGGGAGGGACAGGCGCCGCGAGGGAGGCCGGCAGGAACCCCGCGGCGGCGGAACCAGACGUGGCGGCGCUCGACAUGGCGGCGGCGCGAUCGGGAGCGGCAGCGGUGAUGACGGCGGCGGCGGCGGUGCGGGUAUUAGGGUUUAG